AGUCGAUUUUGGUUGCACAAAAAAGAACCCCAUAGAACCUCUCCACUCCAAAACUGCUUGAGAGAGAGCGUCGCGUUUUGGACACUUUGUGAAUGAUUUGCGUCGUGCGCGCAAGCAAAACACAGAAUCUGUGAAGAUGCUCUUGUCUUGUUGGGCUCCGAUUGGGCGAGUGGUGAAAAUGUGUCAGGCAUAUGCUCGCCGUGGGCGGGAGUAGACGUGUUUAUAAAGCUCCGUGGGGCGGCGACGGUGUGUUAAAAGGCGAACGAGAGCGCACGACAGAGAAAGCCUCGGUUCACCCGAUGUUAGGUAGGGGAGGCGGGUCGCCCUCUGCCGCUCCGUCUCCUCACCUGUAUGGAUGACCACUACAACCUCAUCGACUCGCCCUCAGCCAGCCACAGAGGGACCAACGCAGACAACCACGGCUACGCGGAGACGGAGAAGGACAUCAUGACAGUUGUGGCGUGCGAUAACAUGCUGGAGGAAACCGUGGCGCUGCCCAGUCACCUGUCGGUGGAUCGAUACGAGCCAGACCACGAGUGCUGCGAGCGAGUGGUCAUCAACAUCUCGGGACUGCGCUUCGAGACCCAGCUGAAAACUUUCAAUCAGUUCCCGGACACGCUGCUCGGGGACCCGAAGAAAAGGAUGCGCUACUUUGACCCGCUCAGAAACGAGUAUUUCUUUGACAGGAACCGACCCAGCUUCGAUGCCAUCCUCUACUACUAUCAAUCCGGGGGACGCAUUCGGAGACCCGUGAACGUUCCCAUUGACAUCUUCUCGGAGGAAAUUCGCUUUUAUCAACUUGGCGAGGAAGCCAUGGAGAAAUUUCGCGAGGAUGAGGGCUUUAUCAAAGAAGAGGAGCGACCGCUACCAAACCAUGAGUUUCAGAGACAGGUUUGGCUUUUGUUUGAGUACCCAGAGAGCUCUGGUCCUGCCAGGGGCAUUGCUAUUGUGUCUGUUUUGGUCAUUUUGAUUUCCAUUGUUAUUUUCUGCUUGGAGACCCUGCCUGAAUUUAGGGAUGACAAGGACCCGACUACUGUCUCGCCUAUUGCGAAUGCCACUGGCCCUUUCGUGUCCAGCACUUUCACAGACCCUUUCUUUGUGAUUGAGACCCUUUGCAUCAUCUGGUUCUCUUUCGAACUGCUCGUGCGAUUCUUCGCGUGCCCCAGCAAGGCUACCUUUUCCAAAAACAUAAUGAAUAUCAUUGAUAUCGUUGCUAUCAUUCCUUACUUCAUCACUCUGGGCACGGAGCUGGCCGAGAGGCAGGGCAACGGCCAGCAAGCUAUGUCUCUGGCCAUCCUCCGCGUGAUCCGUCUGGUGAGGGUCUUUCGCAUCUUCAAGCUCUCGCGCCACUCCAAAGGCCUCCAGAUUCUCGGCCAGACCCUCAAAGCCAGCAUGCGGGAGCUGGGACUCCUCAUCUUCUUCCUCUUCAUCGGUGUCAUCUUGUUUUCCAGCGCAGUCUACUUCGCCGAGGCCGACGACCCUACCUCCAGUUUCAGCAGCAUCCCUGAUGCUUUCUGGUGGGCUGUGGUUACCAUGACUACGGUCGGCUAUGGAGACAUGCAUCCAGUAACCAUCGGAGGCAAAAUCGUGGGAUCUCUGUGCGCCAUCGCUGGCGUGUUGACCAUUGCGCUGCCCGUACCUGUCAUUGUGUCCAAUUUCAAUUACUUUUAUCACCGGGAGACUGAUGGGGAGGAGCACGCGCAAUACCUCCACGUUGGUAGCUGUCAGCAUCUCAACUCCACAGAAGAUCUGAAACGGACACAGAGCACAUCCUCCCUCAGUAAAUCGGAAUAUAUGGUCAUAGAGGAAGGAAUAAAUAGCGCGUUCAAACAGCCAAACUACUCCAACCAGAACAAUCAAAACUGCGUGAAUAUUAAAAAGAUUUUCACAGACGUGUAAAUCAUGUACAGUGCCAGACAGUCUUACAGUAAUCACCAUGAAGGCACCAGUGCGAAUGUGAGGUGCUGCGUUAUUUGGGUACAACGGGGCUAAAAAUAUAUAUAUAUAUUUUUUUUUUUUUCGGUCGGAUCCCAAAGUAUAUGGCAGUUGAAAAAAAAUAUUUAUUUUUACUGAAUAUAGAUGGGGAUAUAUAAUUUGUAUAAAGUAAAUGCUACAAGUAGUUUGUUUUGAUUAAAUUAAAAAUUUAUAAAGGCAGCUAGAGGGAAGAAUUUGUCAGCAUUUGCAAAUACUUUUGAUAUACCAAGAUAUUUUUAGAGUAACAUUUAAAUACAUACUUCAGCAAAUGGUGUAGCUUUUUUCAGUUUAUUUACUCGCUUUUGGCAUUUCAGGGAGCUACAGUGUAAUUGCAGUCGGAUUUCAUAUUGUAGCUAUAAGAGUUAAUAUAAAUCCACUUUGCACAUAUGUAACAAAAUUAUUCCCUCCCAAUUACAGAAUACAAUUAGUUGCACUACAGAUAAUCGGCAUUAUCAUUCCUUUAUCAACUUAAUUGAGUUUUUGGCUAUUCAACAGGUACUGAAAACUGAAAGUCUUGAGAUAUAUAAAGUAAUUGUAAUGAUUUCUAUUAGCUACAUCAAUCUGAAGUAUUUUGUUACUGCACAACUUAAGAUUCAGAAAUCUGAAGAAAAACACUUCAAAAUCAGUCUUUUGUCAUUGCAUUAUGAAUCAGGACACUUGGAGACAAACAAGUGUUUAGGAAAGUACUGUGGUAGUUUUUGUUGUUUUUUAGUGUUUUGGGUAUAUAUCACAAGGGCCUUUUUAGAUCCGUUGUACCCUACAUCUUAUGGACAAACCAGCAAAUUACACUAAAAUAAAGCAGGGCGCUUUUUUUGGUAGAAAGGUGCCAAACUCCGAUUCUCGUGUUGCGUUUGUCUACAGCACAAAGGAUAAGGUUCAGAUCAGGGACUAAAAAGAAGAAGCACCCAUACUGCAAAUACUGUGCUCGUAAGUCUGCGUUUGUUAUCAGUGUUAACAUAUAAUCAUCAUAAUACGUUAGUAUUUGCAAUAUCUUACAUUUUGUGGCAAAGUGAAACAACCGAUUAUGUGUCGCUGUUAACGUGAGCAAACUGAAGAUAAUGCUGUGUUGAUCAUAUGUAUUUUGUUGAAUAUAUGGGUGAUUCAUCAAUUAGGGGAACUAGAAGGAAAAAAAUAAAAUAAUAGGUUUUAGUAUGUCUCUUUAAUUGCUUUUUCCUUAUUUUAAGUGCUGAAAUGCUAAAUUUGUCAGAAUUGUUUCCUACCCAGACUUUUUAACUUUUCUUCUCACAUAAUUUAUAAAAUGCAUUCAAAUAUGGGAAAUUUACAAGGAAUUUUUAAAAACAGUAUUUUUAAAAUUAAAUUGCAAUUUAUGUGUAAAAUCUGCUAACAUUUUAUAACAAAGAAUUACAUGUCCCCAAUACAGGGAAUAAUUCUUAGUUUUGAAGAUACAUGACAGAAUAUCAUUAAUUUUAGGAAUUAAAAAGAAAUAAUGACCUUAGAGUAGGUUUAUAUUAGGUGUCCUAACCAAACUUUAUUCAUAACCAAAUUAUUAUUUGUCAGUUUUAAUUCUAAAACAAUCCAUUUUUGUAGUUUCAUUAAUUAUGGUAAUUGGCUCAUAACUGGCUUUAAAAAAAAUUUUUUAUCAAGGCCAUCCAAUCAUCCAAAAACUUUAAUAAGGCCAUCCAAUCUGUAUUCCAUGAUAAUUAAUAUAAAUUAACAUAGAUUUCAAAAAGUGCCCCUAAAUGAAGAAUCACCAAAACAUCUCAGUGCAGACUUCAUUUAAAUACAAUGAAUAUGGGGGGGGGGGACUAUACGUUUUGUUAAUAAUGUAAUCAACACUUUAUGUGUCUACUGAAUCUGACUUGCUUGUACCAAAUGAAAUUGGUUAAUACUGAAUGAAACCAUCUUUAUUUUGUGAUCAAGUUGUGCAAAAAUGUAGUCAUCUCCAGAUUAUGUAAAACUCAAAUCACGUCUAGCCUAAAAAUAGAGCGUUGGCGAUUUCCCUCAAAGUGAGACGUCACGGCGCUUCUGGAUUCUGGGGGAAAAAAAGAGGAAGCAUCUGAAAAGGUGGCUGGGAUCGGGAGGAAAAUGCAUCGCCUCCACGGCAUGGGAGACUACCAGAUCAGAGACUGAAAGACUGAGAGAUCACGCCUUGAGUCCGCCUUGUGAUGCAGUCUCUAUGGCGACUACAGUUUCCUGGGAAACAACCUGGAUGUCUGUUCACUGGAAUUCUGGAGUUUGCUGACGACGGAUAGUAGGCUAAUAUGAAUGAAGACAACAGGAUUUAGAAGGCUUCGAGGGAGAUCCACGCAGUGCCUAGGACUGACGACCAAUAGAAACGGAGGCCGUUAACCUUUCUGCUACCAAAACAGAACUGUACUCACCUUCAAACGACAAAGAAGAAGCCCGCAUAUCUCUACUGCCAAUUACCAUUUACGUCUGACUGAAUCACCGUGAACUGCAACACUCCAGAAGUGGCCUUUUUGGGGGGAAUUCUGCAGGUUCACAUUUAAUACAAAGAAAGCAAUAUGAAGAGAACUGAACUGUUGAACUGUUGGACAUGAACUGUUGGAUCAUCUAAGAGACCACUGCCAGAUAUUAAUCAAGCUGUUUUCUGGUGUCCAUCAUGUAUUUACAGUUUAGCUGUUGUUGUGCCAGAUGUGAGAACUAUGUGGAAACUAAAUCUUUCUUGCUCUUUGACCAUAUAAAUAGUCGGAAAGAUA